CAGGGUUGCCAUCGCAUUGAUUGCCAUUAACCACUCGGUACGUGGCUGUCAUUAAAUAGACGAACUGCACACCUGCACGUUACCAACGAACAAACGGACGAACGGGACCAUGAAGUGGAUUGCUUGCACUUGUUUUGGCUGGGCGGUGAUCGGCCCCACGCACGCUUGGCUGUCUUCGCCACAAACUUCCCCGAACCUCCUUCAUCGUCGUCGUUCUCACAGUCGUCUCGCGGCGACUUCCUCCAACCAGAACGUCGUACUGCAACCGUCGGACGAUCCGGCACGCUUUGAUUCGUUUCAAAUCGGCAACGCGCGGGUUCAUCGCUAUAGUCUCAACACGGACCCCGAGUCCCAGACGGAAUACGUCAUGUGGUACCACGGACGGGACGCGCAGUUCGAUAGCGAUCGCGCGCUCCCGCCUUUGUCGACCGGACGCAUCGGCCGGGCCAAGAGCAAAAACGGACUCAUUUGGGUCAAGGACGAACAGGGGAACUUUUCCGAAGACGUGCCGGACGUAUCGCUCGGUCUCAACAAAGAGUCCUGGUGGGGGUUCGAUACAGCUCACGUCGGGCUCGGCAACGUACUGUUGCCCAUGAGCACACCCGCGGUCAUGACGGAAGGUGGCGUCUACCUCAUGUACUACAUGGGUGGUAGUUUCGAAGAAACCCGCAUGGCGGAUUACCUGGACGACUCGAAAAUUCCGGAUAAUCUCAAAGACGCCACCAUCAAGGGUAUGAAUCUCAGAAUUGGCGUGGCCGUAUCGCAAGACGGGGUUUCCUGGGGCCGCGUGGAAGGAGACGAUCCCACCGGCGCCUGUAUGGUGCCCUACAAUAAGGCUGAUCCCAAUCAAGCCGGGGAACCGGUGCCGGCCAACAUGCCGGAGGAAUUGUACUGUGGUUGGCCCGAAGUGGUCGUCAAUCUCGUGAGUGGGAAUAAGGCCGAAGCAUUUCUCAUGUUUUACAGUACCAUGCUGAAAGAAACGAAGGAAAAAGUGAUUGCCUACGCCAUUUCCGAAGACGGGUUUCGGUGGUUCAAAAAAGGCUUGUGUUUGCAACCCGACAAGGACGGCAUGGAUGCAGCUGGAUGUGCCCGGUGUUGCGUUGUGAGAGAUGCAUCUUUUGACGAAGAAACUUUACGAUGGACAGAAAUUGAUUCCUGGAAAAUGUACUAUGAAGGCAUUUCUCUAGAAGAUAACAAGCACCGGAUCAUGAUGGCAACCAGUAUUGACGCACAAAACUGGCACAAGAAGGGUGUAAUUCUGGAUGUAGGAGCCGAGGAGGACGCCUGGGACGUUGCGGGUGUUGGGUCACCUCACCUUGUUCGGAUGGAUGAUGGUUCUUUGCGAAUGUACUACACGGGCCAAGGCAAAGACGGAAGUACAGCGAUUGGCGUCGCCAAAUUUGUUCCGCGUGAAACUGACGGUGAAUGGAUCCGUGAACAAGCUACCAUUUCGUUCGCAUAA